GCUCCGUUGCCACCCCGGACCGCGGACCCGCGGAUGAUUCUUUCUGUGCGAUGGCACUGCGUUGACAUCGUUGCCGCAUUCGUGCUCUUCCCAGAUCGGGGAUUUGAAGGUUGCCUCAACGCGCGAGUCCAAGGGCUUGACUUCCGCCUGGUGCGAUGGCGGACUGUAUGCCGACCUCUUCAGGUGCUAAAAGGAAAGCAGUCGACAUUGCAACGAAGAUGGCCAUUGUUAAUGAACUUGCUCAAGGUGCAAAAAACGGCGAUUUGGUCAAGAAGUACGGACUGUCGAAAUCGACCAUUUCGACCAUUGCUAAGGACAAGGAAAAGAUUCUUGGUGCUACCGUGAAUGCCAACCCGACAAGAAAGCGCCUUCGGAAGGCGACCUACGCGGACGUUGAGGACGCACUGCUGAAGUGGUUCGCAGACGCCCGGUCUCGCAACGUUCCGAUCAGUGGACCGCUGAUGCUCUCCAAGGCUAAAGACUUCGCCUUCCUUUUGGACUUUCCCGAUUUCAGCCCAGGCAAUGGAUGGCUCCACCAGUUUAAGGCUCGCCACGGAAUUGUUUUCAAGGCGGUCGUCGGCGAGGCCGCGUCUGUGAACAACGAGGACGUCGAUGCAUGGCUUUUCGACAACCUCCCAACAAUUGCGAGCUAUGCUCCACGGGACGUUUACAAUGCCGACGAGACUGCGUUGUUUUAUCAGAUGUUGCCAUCUAAAACGCAUGCCUUGAAAGGCGACAAGUGCGCGGGAGGUAAGAACAGCAAGUUGCGGAUAACCGUUCUUCUCUGUGCCAAUAUGGACGGCAGUGACCGGCGGCUACCUUUUGUUAUUGGCAAGUCACGUAAGCCGCGAUGCUUUGGAAGCUACGUGCCCGUACGCUACAGGAACAAUACGAAAGCCUGGAUGAGCCGCGACUUAUUCGCCGAGUGGCUUGUCGAGUUUGACCGCGACAUGGCACGAAAAAACAGGAAGGUCCUGCUCGUGCUGGAUAACUGUGCGGCACACCGUGUGCAGCUUUCCUUGAGUGCGGUGACAGUACUCUUCUUGCCUCCCAAUGCAACCUGCAAAAUUCAGCCCCUGGAUAUGGGCAUUAUUCAUGCGUUCAAGGUGUGCUACCGGCGGCGCGUCAUCCAACGCUUGUUGAUCGCAAUUGAUCGGCCAGAUGCCGCCAUGCCGGUUCGCAUCAGCUUGCUUGCCGCCGUGGAGAUGUUGAAGGUGGCGUGGAUGGAACUCACCGCGGAGUGCAUAGCAAAUUGCUUCCGCAAGGCGGGUUUUAUGGGCCCAGGCACCGAGGACGCCAUAGAUCACCCACAGGAAGGCCGGUCGCACGAGGACUUGUGGCAACGCGUCGUUGACACGCAGCUGGCCGGACCUGACGUUGCCUGGGACGAUUUCGUUUCUGCUGAUGACGACGCCGACAUCGCGGAGCCGUGCACUGACGAAGCUAUUGUGCGUGAAGUGCGAGCCCUUCCCGACUGCCCAGAGACCGACGAGGACGAUGACGAGGAUGCUGCUCUACCGCCGGUUGCUGUGAACGCUUCAACCGCGAUCGGUUACAUCGCGUCGCUUAAGGAACUCGUGUGCAGCAGAGGUCUUGGUGAUGAACAUAUUACCGCGCUGGAAAAAUUAGAAACGGCAGUGAUGCGAUCAGCUUUGAAGAAGCAGACUUGCAUCAUGGACUUUUUUCAAAAAUAAAGUUAACUUUCUUCUCGCUUG